AAAAUAGUAGCAGAUAAACUGAAGAAAAUAAAAAUAAAUAAAGGACUAAAAAAACUAAGUUCACUGUCUUGAACCAUAUACACUAUAUCACAUACAGAUGAGACCUUCAAAAUAGUUAAAUGCCUUCCAUGGCUACUACAAUCAUCAAACCUUUGAUUCCACAUUUUCUUUUACCGAAACAGAUUGUACCCUCUACCUCUCCAUGGCUUUCUAGCAAGCCCAUUACAGAUUCAUUGCCCAAUCUUCCAGUUUCAUGCUUGGUUAGACAGCAAGGACAAGUUGCAGUCUCUGUUUCUUUCAAUCCCUCAGGAAAUUUUGACCUCUCUUUAUUUGAAGAUGACGAAGAUUCACCAAAUGUUGAACCUUCAAUGCCUCCAACUGAGGAUAGAUUUGAUGUUGCUAUUGAUAAUGUUGCUAUUCAGAGCCUUGAUUUAUCCCCCUUCAACAAUGCUACAGGAAUUACUGCACCCUUAUCAGUUGAGCCUAAAGAAUUUCUUGAACGUACGAUUGGAUUUACCAUUAAUUAUACAAGAGAAGAUCCUCGUGAUCCUCGAGAACUAUCAGAAUUCCCUGAUAUAAGACUUUGGUUUGUGAGACUCGAUGCUACUUAUCCUUGGCUACCUGUGCUGUUAGAUUGGAGAGCAGGAGAGCUUGCUCGUUAUGCAGCCAUGCUAGUGCCUCACCAGAUGAAUAUGAAGAUGGGUGUUGUUUUCAAUCCUGAGGCAUUGGAAUUGUUUGUCAUGAAGAAAGUUUUCAUUGUCUAUUCUUGGUUGAAGCAGCAUAAUAUUCCAAAGCCUAGAUUAAAGACGAGUGACAUGGCUAGAAUGCUUGGAUUUGGGAUAGGAGAUGAGCUUUUUGACUUAAUAGAUCAAUCCCAACCUUCUUCUUCAUGAACAAUCAACAGCCUAAAACAGAAAACUUAAUGUCUCUGUAGGCCGAUUGACCAAGGUGCUUAAAGACUUCUGCAUUUUAUGAAGAUUGAUGGGGUCAAAAAACAUCUAGAAGAAGCUGCAAACUAAAAUGGCGGCACAACAUUAUGAGAAUCUGAACUGCACGGAAAGAGAUUUCUAUUGUUUCAGCAGACACCAAGUAAUACUUUUUUGAGUGCCUGAUAUCUAUGUAUCUAAUCCUAUGUGCCUUUAGCAGUAAUCUAUGUGAGUGAUCAGAGACUUCAGAGACAAGAUAAAAAGAAACAGACUUUACAGCCAAA